AUGUCUGGGGCGGGAGUGAAUCCGACGACAUCCCCUGAAGAGAUGCUCGACCCGCGAAUGCAUGGUACACCGAUGCACAUGAUGCCCGCCACAAUACCCGGGCCGUACCAGCAGCUUGGGUACUUUACUGGAUUUCCUGAUCCGAUGAUGUUUAACCCAGGCAAAUCACAGAAGUCCCGUCGAAAAUCGGCAGCCGGCACACCCGCGGCAGUUGAUCAAGUCAAGCAUCGGCGGACUCGUUCUGGCUGCUUCAUGUGUCGAAGCCGAAGAGUCAAGUGUGAUGAAAGCAGGCCAAUUUGCGAACGUUGCAAAAAGGGAAACCGAGAAUGUGUUUACCCCGAUCCUCCGUCUUCAAAAAGUUCAGCAGGACCGAGUGGGAAAACCAAAGACAUGACUGCAUCUGCUCAACAAACCAGCCCUUCUUCAUCAAAGUCAGAAGAUGAUGAGGAUGCCGAACAAGACAUAAAGCUCGAGACGAUUGUGGACGAAGAUGAGGAGACAGAAGGCCAGACAAGGUCUCCAGAGUUUUCUAUACAAUCGAAGAGCGCUUCCCCUUCUACCGCAACAGCUACUCCAAGUAGUCUGGCAACUGCGUAUCCCUCUUCAGACUUCCCUACCAACCUCGGAGAAACUGACUGGUCAUAUCUUCCACCAAAGUAUCAGCAAGGCCUCUCUUUCUUCGUGGAAAACCUCAAUCACUUUAAUUAUUGUAUACCGCUUGACUCGGACGACUUUUUCACAAAAAUAUUACCCAACAUGGCUACCCGUCAUGAACCGUUGCUGAACGCAGUGGUGGGCUUCUCAGCAUAUCACUCCACGCUUCAAAAUCCGCAGGGGAAGCUCCAAGAUUUUUUACAAUACUAUAACAAAAGUGUGACUCAGUUGCUGGGCCUACUACAACGAAAGGAGAAGCCCAACAUUGCCACUCUCUUGACGAUCCUGCAGCUAGCUACUAUUGAAGAGUAUUUUGGCGACUGGGUCAAUCUUAUGGGACAUCAGAAAGCUGCUUUUGGAAUAUUAACCAGCAUUUUCACACCACAGACUAUCAUGCGAACUCCUGUAGGACGUAUGUGCCUCAGCUGGUACGCUCGGUUCGACAAUUUUGUUGCCUUGAUGGGGGGCUUCCCUACCGACCUACCACGAGAAUGGUUUCAGGCUAUGCUGGAUUUCUAUAAGGAAGGAGUCAUUGCGAACCCAGACGAGAUACACUGGAGAAUUGACGAAUGGUCCGCUCAGCUCCGUCUUAUCUCCUACGACAUGUCGAUCCUAUUCGCGCGAGGCAGCAGAGGCCAGAUAUCUUCCGAAGACUUUGUCAAAGAACACGACCUGAUCAGCCAACGACUAACAGACUGGAAAGAGAAGAGAGACCCUGCUCUCCAGGACCCGAAAUACCUUGUUCGAGAUUUCCCCUCGCCCGAAACACUCGACCCGGAGGAUUUUGUGAACCCUUACACAGUCGGAAUACUUUAUGAACGUCCACUAUAUAUUCACCCUUUACCUUUGCGUACCAAAAUGGCCGAGCUGUUCCGAGAACCUUCUUGCGUGCAAUGGUGGCUCCCCAACGGCGAGGGAUUUAGCCCAGUAUUAGGAGAAAUUCGAAAUUUUGCGGACGAACGUAACGCUGCAGCUGUCACAGCGCAGCAGGAGAGUCUUCGUGAGGUGCGGCAUAUCUUUGCAAAGAUGACGUUGAUGGACGAUGCCAAUGCGCCGUCGAGUUCUGGCCCAGAACCUAGUUCCCAAGCAGGGGCAGGCCCAGCCACAAGAAGCCGAUGA